CUUUUUUUGUGUGUGCUGUGGGGUGGCUCACGCAGUUGUGCACGCUCUUGGAAGGGAUCUUUUCUUCACGAACAACGCACGAUCGACGUGCGUGCGAUCAAUUCUCGUCAGCUAGUGCCGUUCAUUAGGUGUGUUUUGGUUCGUAUCGAGUGUCGCAAGUGUUAAGAUAAAGCUUUUACACAACACUGCACAACACAGCUCGAAAAUGACAGUCCGGAAGUGGUUGUGUUUUUAGUGACCGAUCGCGAUGGAAAUGGAAUGAACAAAAAGGUGGCAUUCGAUUGGAACAUGCGUGCGUAAUGCGCUGCGGUGAAAAGUGUGGAAACCAGCUAAGAAUAUACACCGUGCAGCAGGGAGAGGACCGUGCGAGAUGUGUCGAGCUAUAAACAAAUAAUCUUCCUCUAUGCUUCGUAGCAAAGUAGGCUAUGGGAGGAAGGUGCGCGUACGUGCGUGUCUGGUGCUGAAACCGUGUCGAUCGUGUUGGGUGCUGCUGGCGCAGGAAAAGAAUUUCCCCACUCGGUGCCGAUCCUUCCUUGCACAAUAGCAGCGAAAAAAAGAAUAAUAAACCAAACCCUUCCGUCAGCACGCAGUCUCCCAUGCGUAAGGGGCAUUGAGUAUCUCUGUAGAUUGCGCUUACCGUCGAACAAGACAUCGAUCGAUUGAAUUCCUCCACCUUUCUUGGCCCGGUGCUUACGCGAAUGAAGAAAGUGAAAAUGUCAUUUUAGUGCCUAAAACAAGCCGCUUAAAGUACGCCGAAGUUGAUCCGCAGUGUUUCGGGAUAGUCUUGCAGAAACAAUAGCUUUUUUCUUAACAUACCCCUUUUCUUUGACCAUUUCUUACGAACAGUGACGCAAAGUGUGACGACGUUAAGCGUUUUUGUGUAUCUUUUUAAUCUCAUUUGUUGUGUUGCGAGUGUCUGUUUGGGUUUCCGGUUAUCUAAUUUCUUUCGAAAAACACCACCAGCAACAGCAGCAGCGCAUGUAACAUGAAUUUUCUACAAGAUAGUCACACUGGCCACCCCGGGUGAUACGGUGCCGCCCGUCUUGUGGCGUUCGCGACGAAAAGCCGGACUGCACUUGCGCAGCAUAGAGGAGCCCCAGAGCAGAAUGCCCACCGAGCAGGGGGGCACAGUGGGGCUCGAUGCUACGUUGGGCUCUCGUGCUGGUGUCCCCCUGCCGCUACAGCUACCGCCACACAGCAACCACCACCACCAUCACCCGCACCACAACCUCCACCACAGCCAUCAUGCAAAUAGCAACAGCAGCAGCAGCAGCAGUAGUAGUCAUCAUGCCCACAGCACCUCCAAUCAUCACCAUCACCACCACCAUCAUCACCACCAGCAGCAGCAGCUGCAGCAGGCAGGCAUGCAGGGCAGUGCGAUGGGAAGUAGCGGAGGAUCGUCGGGGUCUUCACAGCCGGGAGGAAGCGGUGGCGGUGGAUACGAUGCCGAGUUUGCCCGCAUGGAGUCGUGGCUGGACGAGAAUCCCGAGUUCGUGCAGGAUUACUUCAUUCGUAAGGCGACCCGUAACAUGGUGGACGGAUGGCUCGUCUCACACGCAACGCCGGUGACCACGGCGGCCAACAGUGUGGACUCUCCGACACAUGGCACCAAUCAACCGAGCUCGUCACGCGGCGGCUCUGGCGCGACAACACCCGUCAGAAAAAUAUCCGCCCACGAGUUCGAACGGGGUGGGCUGCUAAAACCGAUCGUGAACACCAUCGACGGCACACCGACGUUCCUGAGCAUAAGCCCACAAAAUGAAUCCUCAGCGGCGGGCAGUGCCCAGUGCUGCCCGAACGGUGUCGCGUACUGUGGAGCCAACCUGCGACCACUUCGCCUAUCCCGCAACGAGCUCAAACAGCUCGAUGAACGGGAGCUCAUAUUCGAGCUGGUGAAGGACAUUUGCAACGAUCUCGACGUCCGCUCGCUGUGUCACAAAAUCCUGCAAAAUGUGUCAAUUCUGCUGAAUGCCGAUCGUGGCUCACUGUUCCUGGUGCAGGGCAAGAGUACCUGCGGUGGCGACAAUACCAAAAAAUGCUUAGUAUCGAAACUGUUCGAUGUGUGCUCUAACAGUACGCUCGAGGAGAUGGAACAGCAGGACGAGGUGAAGGUGGCCUGGGGCACCGGCAUCGCUGGACACGUUGCCGAAAGUGGUGAACCUGUAAAUAUACCGGAUGCUUACCAGGAUGAACGCUUCAACCGGGAAAUCGAUGUACAAACUGGCUACCGUACAAAGGCGCUGCUCUGCAUGCCAAUCAAGGAUGCGUCCGGGGACGUGGUUGGAGUCGCGCAAGUGAUAAACAAACAGGGUGAUCAGUGCUUCAGCACCGCGGACGAGAAGAUAUUCUCGUCCUACCUGCAGUUCUGCGGUAUCGGGCUUCGGAAUGCGCAGCUGUACGAAAAGUCACAGCUGGAGGUGAAACGCAACCAGGUGCUGCUCGAUCUCGCGCGAAUGAUCUUCGAGGAGCAAAGCACCAUCGAGCAUAUGGUCUUUCGCAUUCUGACCCACAUGCAGAGCUUAAUACAAUGCCAAAGAGUGCAGAUCCUACUGGUGCACGAAGCGUCCAAGGGUAGCUUUUCGCGAGUGUUCGACUUCGAAGCCAACGAUCUCAGCGGUGAGGACGGUGACGCUCGCACGAGCCCGUUCGAGUCCCGCUUUCCGAUCAACGUCGGAAUUACUGGCUACGUGGCAACAACUGGCGAGACUGUAAAUAUCUGCAACGCGUACGAGGACGAUCGGUUCGAUCCGAGUGUCGACGAAGGGCUCAACUUCCGCCACAAAACCAUUCUCUGUAUGGCGAUCAAGAAUUCAUUAAGUCAAAUUAUAGGUGUAAUACAGCUGAUCAAUAAGUUCGAUGAUCUUACUUUUACCAAAAACGAUGAGAACUUUGUCGAGGCGUUCGCAAUCUUCUGCGGAAUGGGCAUUCACAACACGCACAUGUACGAGAAGGCAAUCAUCGCCAUGGCAAAGCAGAGUGUCACACUGGAGGUGCUGAGCUAUCAUGCCUCUGCGACCAUCGAUGAUGCGUACCGGUUACGGCAACUGAAAGUGCCAUCGUCAGCGUUCUUCAAGCUGCACGACUUCAAGUUCGACGAUCUAACGCUGGACGACGACCACACGCUGAAGGCGUGCAUCCGAAUGUUUCUCGAUCUGGAUCUGGUCGAGCGGUUUCACAUCGAGUACGAGGUGCUGUGCCGGUGGUUGCUGAGCGUCAAGAAGAACUAUCGCAACGUGACGUACCACAACUGGCGGCACGCAUUUAACGUGACGCAGAUGAUGUUUGCCAUCCUCACGUCGACGCAGUGGUGGAAAAUCUUCGGGGAGAUUGAGUGCCUUGCGCUGAUCAUAGCGUGCCUGUGCCACGAUCUGGAUCACCGUGGGACCAACAAUUCGUUCCAGAUCAAGGCAUCGUCACCGCUGGCUCAGCUCUACUCGACGUCCACGAUGGAACACCACCACUUCGACCAGUGUCUGAUGAUCAUUAACAGUCCCGGCAACCAAAUACUGUCCAACAUGUCAUCGGAAGACUACAGCCGUGUGAUACGCGUACUGGAAGAUGCCAUCCUCUCCACCGAUCUGGCCGUUUAUUUCAGGAAACGUGGAGCGUUUUUGAAUUUAGUCGAACCGACCGUUGAAAUGAGUUCCUGGCAGGCGGAAGAACCGCGCUCGUUGCUGCGUGCGAUGAGCAUGACCGUCUGCGAUCUGUCCGCCAUCACGAAACCGUGGGAGAUAGAGAAGCGUGUCGCCGAUCUGGUCAGCUCGGAGUUCUUCGAGCAGGGUGAUAUGGAGCGGCAAGAGUUAAACAUCACACCGAUUGAUAUAAUGAACCGUGAGAAGGAGGAUCAAUUGCCACUGAUGCAGGUUGGCUUUAUUGAUUCCAUCUGUAUUCCCAUAUACGAGGCUUUUGCAACCUUAUCGGACAAGCUGACCCCACUGAUCGACGGUGUGCUGGAGAACAAAAAGCACUGGAUCGAAAUGGCCCAGAGUGCGAAAGAUGCGUACGCAAACAAUAAUAAUACGAGCGAAAACAAUAACAACAACAACAGUAAGGGCCACUGCACGGAGGACCACACGGAGGAACGCAGCCCGCCGGUCGGAUCGCCAGCAAGUAAUGGAACCACGCGUAAGCUUUCCCUUGAACCCGAUUGUACUGAUAGUGGUCACCACCACAGUAUAGGUAGCCACGAGCCCGCCACUAACAGUUGUAGCAUACAGGAGAAGAUCGUUGGCCGGUUGGGUGUCGAUCUCGCUUCGUCGCCACCGUACGCCGACAAACCAUCGUUUCUGGUGGUCGGCCAGAAGGGAAACGGAUGGGUGAACGGGGACAAGGUACGGCUCAUACGGCUGUCGUCAUCGGACGGUAAAACGAGUGAACUGUUGCUGGACGAUCAGCGGCCAGUGGACGAGGUGGACACACUGCUGGACUAGGCGCAUGGAGACCCCAAACAAAAAGGACCAAACGGUUUGAUGAAUGUGACUGAACACGGUGUCGGCUUUCUGGAGCGCAUCCUGUCGAGCAUAUCCGGCCCACCCUGUAGCCUUGCUUUCUCAUUACUUUUAAAGCCCCCGUUUUCGCACAACCCCUGCCUUGACCUGUCUCAACACAACGGGGAGGCUUUUCCUUCAAACGAUAUGUGUCACGAUGCAGUGGUUUGGUUUGGUUUCAAAUUCGCAUGGGAGGGGAGGUACGUUUUUGAGUGUAAAUAUUUUAGAUAAUUGUUUGUUACAUUGUUGCAAUGAGGGGCCCCAAAAUCCCUCCACAGUACACAGUACACCCCCUGUCUCGUCCCGCGUACAGUCUCCCGAUUUAUUAUGCCUGUGCACAAACUAUUUGUAAUUAUUCAGAUUAAUUGUAAAUGAUUAACGACCAGCCAGCAACCAAUUUCUAUGCAGUAGAGAUUUAUUUUUUAGUAAACCGUACAUUUAGAGGAAAAUGAUAAAAGGAUAGAAGGAGAAGAGGAAGAAAAAGCAAACAAACAAGGAACCAUAACUUCAGCACUAGUCAGCAGAAUAAUUAUUUAAUGUUAACACUUGCUUGAGAGCUCGGUGUAGAAGGAUCUCCCCGAAAAGCAGAAAGGGAAAUGCAAGAAAAUGAGUCCUGAUAGAGACAGAGAGAGUCCCAAAGUCGUCGAUGAUCUUGAGAAAACAAAAAAGGAAACAAUGUUGCACCGAUAUUCUUACUGCUAAGGAAAAACAAAAGAAGGAAAAACACAAAAUCCGGAAGGAGUAUUACUUGUUCUAUGGACCAUUAUCUUUAUGUACUUGUAUAUGAGAACAAACACCACCAUCUGUUAUAGCUGUUCUGCUUAUUCGAAUCGUGUACCGUGUAACAACGUGCUCACGCUGCUUCUUUGAGCCUCACUCCCUUGUUGGCAACUUUUUUGGACCGCUGUGGAUGAUGAUGUCCUGUUACAUAGCAUUUCAACAGCAACAGCACAGCACCAAUCAACCAAUUUUUGUAGCAAAUGGUAGUAAUUUAUUGUUAAAAGAACACUCUCACACACACAAACGUCCCAUAGCAAUCCCGGUAGUAGUAGUAGUGGUAGUCAAAAAUCAAACGAGACAGACGAGUGAAUCCCUUGUCCAGGUGAACGUGAUGUUGAUCGUAUAACGUUUCUUCGGUGUGUGUGUGUCAUCAAUCAAUGUGUGGGACCCCUAUACAUAUAUGAGUCGAUGUGUUGGUUGGUGUAUAUUUGUGCGUGUGUAUGAAAAUGUGUUUUGGUUUCCCUUCCCCCCGCCAAACAAUUUGCUCGAGAAAAUGCUCGUUUUAAAGAUUUAAAUAAUUUAUUCUUUUUUCUCUCACGGUUGCUACACUACCGAUUAAAGUUUCCCGAUACGCACAUACUUACACGUAAACAGUAAA